UCCGCGCGGCCGGCCAUGCUGCUGAGGCCGCUGCGGGGCUGGGCCGCCCGGGCGCUGCGCAGCGUUGGGCCGGGGAGCCCCGGGAUCCCCGCCUCGGGCCCGGGGCCGCGGGGGACGCAGCGCCUGGCCUGGCCUCCAGAUAAAGAUAGAGAACAGGAAAAAGAGAAAAAAUCAGUGAUCUGUGUUGAGGGGAAUAUUGCCAGUGGGAAGACUACAUGCCUGGAGUUCUUCUCCAACAAUACAGACGUCGAGGUAUUAAAGGAGCCUGUGCUCAAGUGGAGAAAUGUCCGUGGCCAUAAUCCUCUGGGACUGAUGUACAGCGACGCCAGCCGGUGGGGCCUCACGCUGCAGACGUAUGUGCAGCUCACCAUGCUGGAGCAGCACACUCGUCCUCAGAUGUCACCCGUACGGUUGAUGGAGAGGUCGAUUCAUAGCGCAAGAUACAUUUUUGUAGAAAACCUGUAUAGAAGUGGGAAGAUGCCUGAAGUAGACUACGUGGUCCUGUCGGAAUGGUUUGACUGGAUCGUGCGGAACAUCGACGUGUCCGUUGAUCUGAUAGUGUAUCUCCGGACCUCUCCUGAGACUUGCUACCAGAGGCUGAAGAGGAGAUGCAGGGACGAGGAGAAGGCCAUCCCACUGGAAUACCUGGGCGCUAUUCACCACCUCCACGAGGAGUGGCUCAUCAAAGGAAGCCUGUUCCCUAUGGCAGCCCCCGUUCUGGUGAUUGAGGCCGACCACCACAUGGAGAAAAUGCUGGAACUCUUUGAACAAAACCGGGACCGAAUAUUAACUCCAGAGUAUCGGAAGCAUGGCCCAUAGGACGGGAAAGGUCUGUAGGAUCAUGCCAGAAAAGUGCCUGCAGCUGCCAAGUUAGCUAUUAGCAGCAAUUUGGAAAAAUCCACUCUUAGCAGGGCUUCUUCUCUGGCCAGAUUUAUUUUCAUAAUUGUCUUUUCUCCCUUGCCAGCAUCUUCAUCAUGGGUCUCUGGCCCUCAGGGAUAAACGACAAAUGGGACCAACGGGUUUGUCGUGCCCUUUGGUGUUUGCAGCCUCAUGAUCCCCCUGGUGCCUCUCCUGGUGGCUUCUCACUGCCGGGUCCCUCUAGUGAAGCCGUUAAGAAAGAGCUCCUGACGGGUCGUUGCGUGCCUGACGUCACACUGGGCUCCGUAUAUGUGUCGCCUCACCCUUCAGGGCACUCACGAGGGCGAGGUGGCAGUCUUACAUCCCAGGGGAGGAAUCUGAAGCUCAGCGAGGCUAAGGGACUCCCUGGCUCACAUAGCCAGUGUGCAGUUUAGCUGGCAUCAUUCAGAAUUUUGGCCAACUGCAGAACUUUCUCUUGCCCCGUGCUGCCUGGCCCUGAGUGCUGUCCCCCGAAGUCCUGCCUUGUCCUGCUAGAGGCCCUCCCACCCCUGUGGGGAGAGCCGGCAGUGUGCAGAGCCGGUAUCAUAUUCUCGUUAUUGAGCAGUUCUCAAGGACAAUCAGCAUUUCUAGAUUUCAACAAAAUUGUGCUGUUUGGCUGGAGCCCAGUAUUCAGUGGUUUCCCAGCAUGAGGCCGCUACAGCAUCUACCACUUUGUCAUCUGGACUUUGACAGCCUUAGGAGACGCACACAUUGGCUCCUGAAUGGUGCUCAGUCUCCUUGGGGAUGGAGGUCCUGCUGCCAGUCCUGUGUCAGGGGAGUAGCGGUUGGCGCCUGGCUGGCCUGCCCAGCACCAAGCUGGGGCCAGGGGCAGCCAGCCCUGGCCUGUGAGGCUCCCCAAUUCCCUCAUGUCCUUGUGUGAGGAGCAUUGCUCUCGGAAUCACUGAAACUUUGUGGCCCAGAGGGAGAGACACAAAUGGCCUUAAGUCUUUGUGAAAUGUUUUCCCAUCUAAGGGGACAUCUUGUGCCAUAGAGCAUGAAACCAUCUUUAUUGGUCCAGAAAAUAUCUUCGCUUUGCUCAGCUGUAAUAAUACUUGGAAGGCACAGCUGUUUCCUGAAUCAAGUAGGAAGCAAGAGAAAGGAAGAACAUCCCCUUUGGGGAUGGUCUGGACAGGAAAGUCGGGGUUUGCAAACAAAGGCUCUUGAAGCUUUGCAGUCUUGAUGCUUUGGAGGUGGGCAGGGAGAGCUUCAAGAAGACUAGCUGCGAACCCAGGGAGGGAUUAGUGGUGCACGCUAGAGAGACGGGCUGAGGCCUGUCACAGAAGUGAAGUGGUUGGCUGUAAAUGAAGGUACGAAGGCCACGCCCCAGGCUCUGUUAGUGUGGGCGCCCGUGCAUGCAACUCUCUGACUCUGUGAUUUUUCUCUGGCUCUAUGGUACCCAAUAAACCCUUCACCUAAG